CAUUUUUAAAGUCUCACUCUCACCAAACACAGGUGAAGUGAACCGAGACUGUUAUUCAGAGAGACAGAGACUGAUGGCUUGGUGUUCAUUAAGGUCGUUUAAUGUCCCCACUGUCGACAUGGGCGCACUGCGCACACGGUCUCCUUUGGCUGCCGUCGGCUUCGGCUGCGCCUCCGUCGCCGCCUCCACCCUGUGGUGUUCUUCAUCUAGAGCACACACCAGUCCCUUUGCUUGCUUAUCAACAUCAGCUAUUCCUAGUUUGAAGGAGGCUGUUGCGACUAACAAGGCACCAGCAGCAUUGGGACCGUAUUCUCAGGCCAUCAAAGCCAAUAAUCUUGUUUUUGUCUCUGGAGUUCUUGGUCUUAUUCCAGAGACUGGGAAGUUUGUCUCAGAGAGUGUAGAGGAGCAAACAGAGCAGGUUCUGAAAAAUAUGGGUGAAAUACUGAAAGCUAGUGGUGCUGAUUAUUCCUCUGUGGUUAAGACAACAAUUAUGUUGGCUGACUUGAAAGACUUCAAGAAAGUAAAUGAGAUCUAUGCUAAAUACUUUCCGGCACCUGCUCCAGCUCGUUCAACAUAUCAAGUAGCCGCACUACCCUUGGAUGCCAGAAUUGAGAUUGAAUGCAUUGCAGCACUUCAAAGUGCCUAAUUAAAGCGAAGUUCUGCAAGAGUGAAUAAUAAAGUAAAAGAGGGCGUCUGGAGAACUAUAGCUUAGAAAUAUUUUCUCAGUUCCAUUUUUAUUGCAAGUAGUAAAACUAAUAGGUUGUAGUUCUACCUUAAUCCAUUAUUGCUGCUUUCAAGGUCUGUUCUAGGAAUUUUGGGAUCUGAGUCCUGCCACUUAGGUGACCCUGGACUAAAUCCUGCUAAGUUAUUGUACUGUCAGCAUGUGAACAUUCACUUUGAAAAUGCAUUGCCCAGCUGCUAUUUUCAGUUAUUUAUUUGGUUUAGUAA